AUGUCGUCGCAACCAGAUAUCAACGGUCUGCUGCGCGACAUGCAUGCGCAGAUUCAGGUGUUAACUACGCAACUCACCGAGAUUCAGGUGUUAACUACGCAACUCGCCGAGCUACAGGCAAACCCCCCUGCAGUAACCCCCUCGGUAGAGAAGUUCAAUAAGAAAGUUGAAGUCGUCACUGACCCUGGCGCCUUCAAGGGAGACAGAGCGCAAUUUGCUGAAUGGUGGAUCAAACUCCAGAUUUGGGUUAAGGCAAACUGGGACGCAUUUGCCGAUGACUUUGAGGUAGCCACUGCGGUGCUAUCUCGACUAAAAGGACCUGUGGCGGGUCGAUACACCCAAGUAAGACUUCAGGAGUGCUACACCGCAGGAGUGUGGCCCACCUGGGAUGAUCUCAAAGUAGAGAUCAAAAAAUAUUUCAGGCCGCAAGCUGAGCGUGACUGGGCGUGUUGGCAAAUCUGUUCCUUCAAACAAGGCAACAUGAGGACGGAUGAUUUUGUAACCCGGUUCCUGGCCCUCUCCAUCCAAGGGGGUCUUGGUAAUGAACAUGCAGUGGAGCCGCUGGAACGCAAUGUGAACCCCCACAUUGCAGAACAGCUUUAUCUGCAGGAUAUGAGAAAUGAGAAUCUCUCUCAAGCAGCAGAGGAGGUUCGGAAAAUAGGUAGGGCCAUAGAGCUCUACAAAAUGCACCAAGGUGGCGAGACCACCUUAAACAACCAAUCCCAGAGGCGCCCUGGGUCAUCAAACCAUCAUAAUCACUUGCACAGGUUCAAGCCGUUCGGGCUGCAGCCAGGACAGGGUGCUCCUAUGGAUAUUGGCACGGUCCAAGGCAGACAGAUGCGCAGAUUCAAGGGCAACUGCCACCCAACAAAAAAUAACCAAGGGCGCCAGGCACGCCAAUUAGAAUCCAAAAAACCAGACGAUCGGCUCCAGACUCUGGCCGGCCGUUCGUACGACGAAAUCCGGGCCUUCUUCUACGAUCAGCAGGCUGCUGAAAUGAAGGCUCAGGGAAAAGAGUUCGGAGCUUAG